AACGGAUCAUGCCUUGCCUGUCCCUCGGGGAAGUACUCCAAUACCUCUGCUGCUUCCAUCUGCUCCAAUUGCUCCAUCCCUUUCAGCGGCUCUCUCAUGCCUGGGGCGACCUCCUCCUCCAACUGCUCCUGCCUGCCUGGCUACAGUGGAGGAGAAGAUAGUUGUCUCGCAUGUUCACCGGGCAUGUACAAGGAAAACUACGGAAGCAGUCAGUGUGCUUACUGCCCGAGCGGAAAGUUUUCGGAGCACUAUGCCAGCUCAGCGUGCAGUGAGUGCUCAUCAGCCUCAGGUGUCUACAAAAUGAAGGGAGAGAACGAUGUUUGCUCCAGCUGCUCUGCUGGCUCAUUUGCUGGGGAGAGUGCGAGUACGACUUGCUCGCUAUGUGGUCCGGGCGAGUUCAGCUCAUGGAAGGGCAGCAGCAACUGUUCACUGUGCGAGCCGGGCACGUUCUCGAAUCAGUCGGGGGCGAUCUCAUGCAGCCCCUGCGAGCCGGGGGCCUUCGCUUCCGCUUGGGGCUCUCUCUCCUGCUCCCUCUGUCCCAACGGAACUUUCUCGAGCAGCCCGGCCAGUGUGGAGUGUCAGGCAUGUGGAGAGGGGCAGACGUCGAUGCGAGGAAGCAGCGCCUGCAUGCAGUGCCUGCCCUGCUCCCCGGGAACCUUCAGCAAUGGCUCUAGCAGCUGCCUUGCCUGUCCUCCCGGCCUCUACUCUAACGCUUCUCAGUCCGCAUGUCGUGAGUGCCCGCAAGGCACCUUCACCAACACAUCAGGACAAUCCACCUGCCUCUCCUGCCCUCCUGGUGCCUUCCUUCUCAACUCCAUCUGCUAUCCCUGCCCUGCAGGUCUCUUUCUCUCCAAUUGGUCCUCGUGCUCUGCUUGCCUUCCAGGCUCCUUCUCUCUGCAAGGC